ACGCGGCAGCCAGUUUCAGCACUGCCCAUCAAUCAGCAAUGGCGAAAUCAUCCUUCCAGCAUCUUCUCUCCCUCUUGCUGCUCGCCCUCGCUCUGCAAUUGAGUUCAUGCCAAGAACCGAACCCAUAUCCUUACCCUUCGCCCGUCGGCGACGACUGCACCAACCCCAACCCUCCGCCGCCCCUCACUCCCCCCGUCAUCAACCAAACGAUCAAGGCCAACAUCAACAAGGUCGUCGCCAAGCUCGUCGCCAGUGUGCCGAAAACGAAAUUCGCAACGGCGAGCUACGGCACCGGCGGGUCGGCCAUCUACGGCCUCCUCCAAUGCCGCGCCGACGUCAACUCCACGGACUGCGCCAAUUGCGCGAAGGAGGCCAAGGCGGCGCUGGCGGAGCGCUGCGCCAUGGACGGGAAGGCGCGGCUCUGGUUCCAGCACUGCUACCUGAGGUACGACACCACGAAGUUCUUCGGCAAGCUGGACCGGAUGGACUACUACAUCACGUACAACAACGGGCCCAACGCGGCCGACGCCAAGGCGUUCCAGGCGACGGUGGGGAAGCUGAUGGCCGAAGUGACGGCGAAGGCGGUGGCGCCGGGGAAGCAAGCCUUGGGCACGGGCGUGGCCAAGGUCGGAGCGAAGACGACCGUGUACGGGCUGGCGGAGUGCACCCGCGACUUGCCUGCUUCCGUUUGCUCGGGCUGCCUGGCCACGGCCGUCUCCAAGUUCCAGACUUGCUGCGUCGGGAAGGAGCGUGGGUUAGUCCUCUUCGGCAGCUGCAAGGUGGAGUAUGAAGUCUAUCCCUUCUUCUUCCCAGUGAAGGCCUAGACCUCGGCCUGUCCUAUCAAACACGGUACUUUGUUUGAAUGAAUAAGAUUUUCUAGUGUAUCAGCUGGAGAAAUAACGUAGCUCUUGAAUGAAUAAGAUUGGUCUCUAAAUGUUUGGUGCGUGGUC